AUGGGUGAUGAUUUUGAAGUUUGCCCUCCACGAAGUAAGAGGUUGAAGACUGAUGUCGAAAAUACAGAUAAACGGGUACUUUACGUCGUGCUCGAACAGUGUUCAUUGGAGUCGGCAAAGAUUGGCAAAGACUACGUUCUGCUUGCAAGUGAAAAGCAUGCCAACUUUCUUCUAAAAAAUAAAAAAGACCCUGCAACUUACAGACCUGAUAUUGUGCAUCAGUGUUUGCUGAAUCUUCUUGAUUCUCCAUUGAAUCGAGCCGGAAAACUUCAAGUUUUUAUACACACCGAUAUGAAUGUUCUUAUCGAGGUCAAUCCGCAGUGCAGAAUUCCCCGUACUUACGAUCGAUUUGCUGGUUUAAUGGUUCAACUUUUACACAAGCUGAGUCUUCGAGCAUCCGAUUCUUCACAAAAGCUUUUGAAUGUGAUCAAAAAUCCAGUCUCUGAACAUCUGCCUGUUGGAUGCCGGAAGAUAUUACUCUCUUUUUCCGCUCCAGAUCUAACGAUUCCGAAUAAAAUGGUAGCAACAACGGAAAAUAUGCCGAUCGCUGUUGUUGUUGGAGGAAUUGCAAAGGGAAGAAUUGACACUGAUUAUACAGACACCGAAAUGAAAAUCAGCAAUUAUCCUCUUUCUGCAGCACUUACAUGCGCGAAAAUAACAAGCGGACUUGAAGAAAUUUGGGGAAUUAUG